AUAUAAAUAUGAGCAAGAAAUAAAUAAAAAAAUGAGAAAAGCCUCAAAAUUGCGAUCUGCCUGGGUGAGGAGCUGCAGGAUCGCGGGCGGGAGCGAGCAGGGGGGAGAUUUGAUUCGCGGCUGAGUUCGCCGAAUCGGAAUCCGCCAUUGGAGCAGCUUUGUGUUGGUGGUUGGUUGAUUCAGUGAAUCGGAGCGGAGGUAUCUAUCUAUCUGAUCUUUUAGUGGGGAGGCCAAGUGGGUUGGUUUAGGGCCGGAGCCGGGACGGGAUCGGAGGUCCGGGAGGGAGAUGAAUGAAUUGCCGCCGCCGGCUGUUCGGUCCUGAGGCAUGAGUGGAGCGUCACUAGGGCUUCGCACGGGGAGCUAUGGUUCGUUGCAGCAGCUGCACCUUCAUCUCCAGAAUGGCGCCUUGCACAACCAGCCCGGGAUGGUGCGUAAGCCUUCGAAGAUGGCGCUCUCUAGUUCCAGGGAGAAGGAGAGGUGUCUCUCGCUCCUCUGCCGAUAUUUAGGCCGCCGUAAGGUCGCAAUGCUGCUGCUUGUCGUCCUUGCCCUCCUCGUUUUCGUCUUUGGAUCGUUCACUGUCAAUAAAGAAAGCAGUGUACAAAGUAUUGCUCGACACAUUGAAAAUGUGGGAUUUUCCUCUGGGAAGGCACCGCCAGAAUUUCUAUCACCACCCCCACCGAGAGCUGAAGAUACCAAAAAAGACCAAAAUUCUUCCAUUAGGAAGACUGUUCCCCGAGGCAAUGGAAAUAGAGGCAGACUUCCUACUCCACAUCAUCCACGCAUUCGUCAUCAUAUUCGUUCUCAUCCCCAUGUGAUUUCUUCAAGUUCAGUCCCUGUAAGGCAUGCCCCUCCAUGGGGUCAGCGUUGUGAAAAUUUUGCAUUCCCUCCUCCACCUCCCCCCGAUAGAAAGCGGAUUGGACCUCGACCAUGUCCAGUAUGUUAUCUUUCUGUAGAAGAUGCUAUAUCUAGCAUGCCAAGUUCCCCAACAAUAUCUCCCAUGCUUCGAAACCUGACAUAUAUUCACAAUGAAGAUCCGGUGAAAGUUGAACCACACGGAGGCUCAGAUUUUGGAGGAUAUCCUUCUCUGAAGGAGCGGAAUGACUCUUUUGAUAUAAAAGAGUCUAUGGAAGUGCAUUGUGGAUUCGUUAAAGGAAACAAACCUGGUCGCCUGAGUGGAUUUGAUAUAGAUGAAGCUGACCUCGUGGAGAUGGAAAAGUAUUAUGAUGUUAUUGUGGCAUCUGGCAUAUUUGGAAAUUAUGAUGUCAUACAACAGCCUAAGAACAUCAGCGAAGCAGCCCGGAAAAACAUACCUUUCUUUAUGUUUAUUGAUGAAGAGACGGAAGCAUAUAUGAGAAAUAAUAGUGUUUUGGACAGCAGCAUGAGGGUUGGACUCUGGAAAGUUAUUGUCGUACAUAACAUCCCUUUCUCUGAUGCAAGACGGAAUGGAAAGGUUCCGAAGCUAUUACUUCAUAGGCUCUUCCCCAAUGUCCGAUAUUCCAUAUGGAUUGAUGGAAAGCUUGAGCUUGUUGUGGAUCCAUAUCAAGUUCUUGAGAGGUUCCUGUGGCGGCAAAAUGCUAGUUUUGCAAUAUCAAGACACUACAAGCGCUUUGAUGUAUUUGAAGAGGCCGAGGCUAAUAAAGCAGCUGGGAAAUAUGACAAUUCCUCCAUUGAUUUUCAAAUAGAUUUUUACAGAAAAGAGGGUUUGACUCCAUAUUCGGAGGCUAAGCUUCCAAUAACUAGUGAUGUUCCUGAAGGGUGUGUUAUCAUAAGGGAACACAUUCCCAUCACAAAUCUUUUUACUUGCCUUUGGUUCAAUGAAGUUGAUCGCUUCACUUCGAGGGAUCAGCUGAGCUUUUCCACUGUGAGAGACAAGAUAGCUGCAAAAGUCAACUGGACCGUCAGCAUGUUUUUGGAUUGUGAGAGACGCAAUUUUGUUAUACAGGCAUAUCAUAGAGAUCUACUAGAGCAAAUGUCUCCUCCAGUUAUUCCCAUGGUUCGUCCUCGAACCACUCUACCAGCAUCAACCACGUCUGUGAGGCCACCUCAAAGGAAGAGCAUAAGCAGGCGCGGGAGAGGAGACAGGAAAGCGAGCUCGAGGAGGCACCGCAAGGUCAUUCCAGGAGGAGGAAGAGACAAGAGUCAAGAUCUCGUUCUAAAUUCGUUGCAUUCCAAGUUGUAACUUAAAGGUACAUCAAUUUUUUUCCCUUAUUCAAUUUAUACGCAUAGAGGAUUCUUUCACAGGCUUUAGGUUGAUUGUUAAGUUAGGAGGUACUCAAAUUUUGUUCCGGGGGAAAUUGUCGAUAUCUAUUCUUUUCUUUCUUUUUCUGUAUAUACGUACGGCGUUUGUUCCGAAUAAUUUUUAAUCAGCAUCUACCAUUCUUGCAA